AUGAAGAAAGUAGUUAAGAGAAUAGAUUAACCCAUUAUUUUCACUUACAAUGUUAUGCUUAAUGUAUAUAAAAACUUUGGUUAAAAGCAUUUCGAACAUAUCGAAAACCAUUUAAGCAAGUAGACUAACAUGAAGGCGAUUGUUCUCCCCAUUAUCAGCUACCCUGAAGAUUCCAUCGAAAGCAGAGCCAAGCAAGCUUCUUAAAAAAUUCCAGAACUCUUAAGCAAACAUAAAGCUGAUAAGGCUCACAUUAUUUCUUACAGUACUUCUGGUGUUGAUAUGAGAUACUUGAUUUCUGAAUUCUAAGGAAGUUAAUACAUUUCUUCUCUUUCUACUAUUGCUUCUCCUCACAAGGGUGCUAAGGUUAUUACUGCUUAUGAGAGAAAGCUCAUUUUUGACCAACAUUUAUAAGCUAUAUCAAGAUUAGUAGGUUUAGACAUCUCUUCUUUCUAAGAAUAUCGUCCUACAAAUAUUAGAGAUUUCAACACAUUUGUUUUAAAUAACCCUAAAGUUUAAUACUUCACUGUUGGAGGUGAAAAAAUGGCCGCCCAAUGUGCAGACUCUUUAAAAUCUUCUAAUGGUGCUUUAUUUAGUGAAUUUAACGGAACAUCAGGAGCACCCAUUGAUAAUGAUGGUGUUUUCUGCUUUGAUGAAGUUCAAUGGGGUACCCAUCUUUUAAAUUUUGAAGCUGAUCACUCUGAUUUAGUUGGUUUAGGUCGUGGAAACUUUAGAUAUGAAUAAGUUAUCGAUUUAUUAAUUUAAAAUAUACGCUACAAUUUCGGUACUCCAAUUGGAGAGUAAUGA